CGUGUCCCGUCCUUGUGUUUCACUUCCAUAUAAGAGAGUUGCAUGAGAAAGAUCCUGCUCCACAGAUUGAUAUCAUGGAAGCUGUUAUGAAUGUGUUAAAACUCGAUGACCCUAUGUUGGAUGUAGAAGAUGCCAUUGGAACAUUUGUGCGGGUGCGGCCAAUAGCUCCAACCACGACGGAAAUCGUAGAUUGUUACCGAGACCCAACCCAACCAUUUAUUAGGUUUCCAAAUCCAGUUUCGCUCCUCCUUGCUCUAGCUCUCUCUCUCUCUCUGUUCUCUGAUUUGAUAACCAUUGAUGAAAUGCGAGUUCUUGAGGAAAUUGCAGAGUCACCUUUUCUGAUUUCACAGCUAAACCCUAAUUCAACAGCCAAUGGAUAUAGAUGGGUCGAUAAGUGCCAAGGAUUCUUACACAACACGGUUCUUGUUGCGGCUUCUCUCUUCUUUGUCGCUUACUUAGCUUACGAAGCUAAGAAGAGUUUGUCUAAACUCUCGAAUCGGAGAUCUUAUAUCAUGAUCGCUUAUUAUGGGUGUCUUUGGCUUGUUAGCUUGCUCAAUCUUGCUUGGUGCUGCCUUCAGGGUUGGGAAUGUACUCCUGGGAAACAAGUUGUUUGGAAUCUGUUAACUUUGUUCACAACAUCUGGAAUGUUGUUUCUGGAAGUAAGCUUGGUGGCUUUUCUCUUCCAAGGAAACUAUGCAAGUGGUGCUGAAGCAUUAACUAGAACUUUCCUAAUCUCGGGUUUUAUUGUGGCUCUUGAUUUGCUUCUCAAGGCAAUAUUUCUCUUUGGAUUUGGCGUGCCGUUGUUUAUUGACAACAAUGAAAAUGGAAAAUCGUUCAAAUGGGGUUUAUGGAUCAUUCAUAAGCUUCUACUCACUGGCGUUUAUGGGAUGGUAUUCUUGAUGUACAACUCUAGGUGGAGAGAAAAAUUGCCUGCAAGGCCUGCAUUCUACAACUACAUAAUCAUCAUGUUCGCCUUAUACAGCCUUUACCUAGUUGCAUCUGCGUUUACCGCAAACAGUGCGCAUUUUGGAUUCUGGUUGUAUGGGAUCAUGAGUGUUUGCUACCAUGCUUUAUACCUUCCUCUUCUAUACGUUACUUUCCUCGCAGACUUUUUCCAGGAAGAAGAUCUGAACUUGGAGAAUGUAUACUACUCAGAAAUGAGAGAUGCUGGAUUUUUCGACUCUGAUUGGGAAUAGGACUAGGGUUACAAACAUCUUCCUCAUCUUCUGAAUCUGUAAAUACACGUUGGAUAGGAUC